GUCAUAAACCGGAGGCCUCUCUUCAAACGUGGCGUCGUGGGUCCUUCACGCCUCGCUCGGGGUCCGCGCGCAAAGAUAGGCGCGGACACUUGUCAGCCAACAGCUGGAGCCAGUCCUCGCGUACCGGGUCCCCACUGGCACCUCUAACACCUCAGAGGUGGCUGGCUUUUAAGCCCUCACGAUCGAGAGCCCGAUUCGUAGCCUCCCGGACUACAGCUCCAGAGGGAGCACUCCUUCGCCCAUACCUGUGCCCCAUAGGCAUGCUCUGCCCUCGCAGGUGCAUUUGAUAAGUCACCCCUACCCCACAUUACAACUUUCACCUUAAUUUCUGCCACGUCUGCCUUAAUUUCGUUCUUAACCGCCUUAAUUUGAGACACCCCCCGCCCCCCCGCCCCCAGUUCUGUAAAAGAGGAGUUUUGGGUCUCUUGCAGAAAGAUUACCUUUAAGACUGAGCACCCGUUUGAUAAAACAAGUUCAUGCUUACUAAAGAGUUUGUGGGCAAAGCGAAACCCAGUGCACGCAGGAAACUAUGGCUGAACAUGGGGCUCACAUCACAACUGCUUCUGUGGCGGAUGACCAGCCAUCCAUCUUUGAGGUGGUAGCACAGGACAGUUUAAUGACAGCCGUGAGACCUGCUCUUCAGCAUGUGGUCAAGGUUCUCGCAGAAUCAAAUCCUGCCCACUAUGGCUUCUUUUGGAGGUGGUUUGAUGAAAUCUUCACCCUGCUAGAUCUUUUGCUCCAGCAGCAUUAUCUGUCUAAAACCAGUGCCUCAUUUUCUGAAAAUUUUUAUGGCUUAAAGCGCAUUGUAAUGGGGGACACACACAAGCCUGAGAGAUUGGCCAGUGCUGGUCUCCCAAAGAAGCAGCUUUGGAAGUCAAUUAUGCUCCUGGUUCUUCUUCCCUACCUGAAAGUGAAGCUGGAGAAGCUGGUUUCUAGCCUGAGAGAAGAGGAUGAAUAUUCUAUCCACCCCCCUUCUUCCCGCUGGAAACAGUUUUAUAGAGCCUUCCUGGCAGCCUACCCAUUUGUUAACAUGGCAUGGGAAGGCUGGUUUUUUGUACAACAACUUCGAUACAUCCUAGGAAGGGCUCAGCAUCACUCACCAUUGCUGAGGCUGGCUGGAGUUCGGCUAGGUCGACUUACAAUUCAGGAUAUACAAGCUCUGGAGCACAAAGCAGCUGAAGCCAGCAUGAUGCAGCAACCAGCCAGGAGUGUUGGUGAGAAGAUAAAAUCAGCUCUGAAGAAAGCUUUGGGAGGUGCUGCCUUAUCCCUCUCUACUGGCCUUUCUGUGGGAGUAUUCUUUUUGCAGUUCCUUGAGUGGUGGUACUCAUCUGAAAAUCAAGAAACCAUCAAAUCACUGACUGCCCUGCCUACUCCACCACCACCUGUACACCUAGAUUACAAUUCCGAUUCUCCUCUGUUACCCAAAAUGAAGACUGUGUGCCCAUUGUGUCGCAAAACCCGGGUGAAUGAUACUGUUCUUGCCACCUCUGGCUAUGUGUUUUGUUAUCGCUGUGUAUUUAAUUAUGUAAGGAGUCACCAAGCUUGUCCCAUAACAGGUUAUCCAACAGAAGUGCAACAUCUAAUUAAACUGUACUCCCCUGAGAACUGAAAGGGAUUAGCAUUUUUAUCUCACAACAAAAUUAUUGCACUAUAAGGCUGAGAAACUGAUUUUCAGCACAGUACAUGGCACUAUUUGAGUCUUCUCAUCCCCAGUUCGUAAUUAUAUGAACUUUA